CCAGAUCAAGCUUACAAUGUAACAGCAUGAUUCAUCGAAUCGAAGAUCACUCUAUGAAACGUAGCUAGACAAUGAACUUCAUUCUCUGCACGCUGGUCCAUAUUUUCUCAGCUAUUGUGUCAGAAGCAUUGUUCUUGCAGUCUCCGCCAGUUCAGAAUGUCUCUGUGGGAAAUAGUGUCAAACUGCAUUGCCACACGGGCGCUUUGGCAAGGGCAGCUGUCUACUGGUACAAACAGCAGCAGAGAGAACAUCUGCAACUUCUCUACAUCGUGAGGAAAUACGUCCCAACAAACGAAAGAUUUACUGGGGAAAUUAACAAAGAAUCAACUACUUACACCCUUGUGAUUCAAAAUGUGCAGAGAAAUGAUUCUGGUCGGUAUUACUGUGCAGCUCGACCAAUGAGCAGAAUGCCCUUUGUCUUCGGAAAUGGGUCGAAACUGCUCAUAGCAGGUCAUCCUGACAUAUUUCUGUUGACUCCACCGCUGAAUGGAACGGUUUCCACGGGAACUGUUACCUUGGUGUGUUUGCUGAAUAACUUCGUGGCCGAUGUUCUUCACAUUCGCUGGAAUAUUUCCACAUGGGAUGCCGAGAGUUGGACGGAUUCUGAGGCAAUAGUCUCAUCGGAGGCGUACAGUGUGAGAAGUUACAUCAGAGUCCCUGCAAGUGCGUUGAGUUAUGGGGCUUCCUGCGUUUGUUCACUUCAAAUCAACUCAACUGCAAUUCUUAACAGCAAAAGUGUCUCGUUUGCAAAAGAGUCUUCAAUUAUCAAGUGUCUUACAACAUUUUCUGUAAGUUCAGUGGCAGUGAUUGCCCUUCUCUUGGCCUUUACUUUCACCACUGCAUGGACCUACAGGAAUCGACAGUCUGGUAACUGGAAGACUCACUCACUUGAAAAACAGGAGAUUCUUUAUGCUCAGUUGGCUUUUACUGCAGAUCAAACAUUCUGAUGAAACAGAAGAACAAACAUUCAUCAGCUGAAGCAGGUUAUGAAGCUAUGAAGAAUAUCUUCUCUUUCGAUCAGCCAUAAUUCAACCAACAUUUCCCCUAUUUUGUA